CGGCGAGUUGAGGGGUUGCAGCCAUGAACCGCUACAAUGGGCUCUGCAAGGUGUGCUCGGAGCGCAGGUACCGGCAGAUCACCAUCCCUCGAGGCAGCGAUGGGUUUGGCUUCACCAUCUGCUGUGACUCCCCGGUCCGUGUGCAGGCAGUGGACUCUGGUGGCCCAGCAGAAAAGGCUGGUCUGCAGCAGCUGGACACGGUGCUGCAGCUCAACGAGCAGCCUGUGGAGCACUGGAAAUGUGUGGAUCUGGCACACGAAAUCCGUAACUGCCCCACGGAGAUCAUCCUGCUGGUCUGGCGGCUCGUCCCGCAGGUGAAGACAGGACAGGAAGGGAUGAUCCGCAGGUCCUCUUGCAAAUCUGCCUCCGACCUGCAAUCCCCGCCGCAGAAGCGGGAGAAGAACGGCCUGGCCCGGCCCGAGCAGCGCCGGAGCUGCCACGUGCUGUGCGGGAGCGCGGGGCUGGUGCUGGGCUGGGAGCGGGACGCGGAGCUGGGCAAGCGGGGCCAGCACACCCUGCCCGCCCUGCCUCUCCUGCCCUCCUCCUCCUCCGACCACAACUACAUCCUCCUGGCACCUGUGAACCCGGGGAGCCAGCUGCUGAGGCCUGUCUAUCAAGAGGACAGCACUACUGUGGGAAAUGAGUGUAAAGGGAAAUCACACACAGGGUCUGGGAGAAAAUCCAGGCUGAUGAAGACAGUGCAGAAUAUGAAGAACUAUGGGAACUACCAGAACUGCACCAUCAUGAGGCCACACAUCCCGCACUCCAGCUACGGCACGUACGUGACGCUGGCUCCCAAGGUGCUGGUGUUCCCUGUCUUUGUGCAGCCCCUAGAUCUUUGCAACCCAGCCCGGACUCUGCUUCUGUCAGAGGAGCUGUUUCUCCACGAGAGCAGAAACAGGACUCUACAGGUGACCCUCUUUGUCUACUCUGACCUGCUGCUCUUCACCAAGGAGGACGAGCCUGGGCGCUGCAAUGUGCUGAGGAACCCUCUCUACCUGCAGAAUGUCAAGCUCCAGGAGGGGUCAGAAGAUCGGAAGUUCUGCCUCCUCUACCUGGCAGAGAAGUCGGAGUGCUUAUUAAGUUUGGAGGCUUACUCCCAGGAGCAGAAGAAGAGGAUCUGCUGGUGUCUGGCUGAGAACAUCACCAAGCAGCAACAUCCGGCGUCGGCUCCGACGGAGAACAAGAUGCUGGAGACAGACACUGAGAAGCCGGGGCAGAUGCACUCGGAGGACGGGAAGGCACCAGCGAGUGAUGCUCCUCUGGCUGCAGAGGCACCAGCUCUGGCCGAGCCCUGGGAGGCUCUGGGAGCCACCCAGGGUCCUCUCCUGCUGGAAAAGCAGCCAGUAGCCACCAUGAAGGGAGAGGAGCAGCCCAACUCCCUGCCAGCCUUUGUCAUCCCCGAGCUGCGGCUCGACAGCACCUUCAGCCAGAGCGCGGCAGGCACGGCCGGCAGCACCACGGAUGGCGAGGAGGAGGAAGAGGAGGAGGAAGAGGAAGAUGAGGAGGAUGAGGAGGAGGACAGCGAUGAGCACUACUUGGAGAGGAGCGAGGCCAAGCGCAGCAGCAUGAUCGAGACGUCAGGCUGCCAGCCCGCCCGGACGCUGAGCGUGCAGAGCUCCCUGCGGCGCCGCACGCACAGCGAGGGCAGCCUCCUGCAGGAGCCCAGGAGCCCCUGCUUCACCUCCGACACCACCCUCAACUGCUCCGACAGCCAGGGCACCAAGGGACACUGGGCCCUGCCCUCCCCCAGGACCCUCAAGAAGGAGCUUGUCAAGAACGGUGGCUCCAUCCACCAGCUCACCCUGCUGUUCUCUGGCCACAGGAAGCUGAGCGGAGCCGACGCCGAAUGCAGCUGUGACGAAGGGGACGAGACCUCCCUCAAGAAGCGGAGCAGGAGCCUGCCCACUCCUGAGGAAGCUCUCAAGUGGGGGGACUCCCUGGAGAAGCUGCUGCUGCACAAAUAUGGACUCGCUGCCUUCAGGGCCUUCCUGCGCACCGAGUUCAGCGAGGAGAACCUGGAGUUCUGGCUGGCCUGUGAGGAGUUCAAGAAGAUCAAAUCCCAGUCCAAGAUGGUCUCCAAAGCCAAGAAGAUCUUUGCUGAGUACAUUGCUAUCCAGUCCUGCAAGGAGGUCAACCUGGACUCCUACACGCGGGAACACACCAAGGAGAACCUGCAGAACAUCACCCGCAGCUGCUUCGACCUGGCGCAGAAGAGGAUCUAUGGGCUGAUGGAGAAGGACUCCUACCCCCGCUUCCUGCGCUCCGACUUGUACUUGGACAUAAUCAACCAGAAGAAGGGCAGCUCCCCGCUGUAG